GGGCUCUGGCGCGGGGCCCGCUCCCUGCUGAGUGCCCAGCCGCGAGGGCUGCUGAAGGGCGCAGGCCCCGCACCUGGCUGGGGUCGGGCGCCGCCCCCCUGGCUGGGCGCCUCGCCGGCAGCCUGACCCCGGUGCGCCGAGCCUGGGCCCUGGCGCCGCUCGCUGCUGCGGGAGCUGCCACCCCCCUAGCGCGGGGGGAGACGGCCGGGCCUGUCCUGGGAGCCGGGCCCAGCCCGCUGCGUAACACAGGCCGGGUCAUUCCCAUCCAGGGCCAGGCUAGCGGAGUUACGGCAGAUGCCGGCCAGAAACCCUCCCGUCCUCAGUGCUCGGACUGUGCCUGCCCUUUAGCUGGUGAUCGCCUUGUGGCAAGGCCUGGCUGAGCGAUGGCUUUUGUAAAGCCCCCCCUGUCCAAUACAAGCGUUAAUGUGUAAAUAGUGUAGUGCAAACUAAUCCCAGGUAGGGGGGAGGAGGAGAGGGGUUGUGCAUUCGGAGUAAUGUUGAAAAACAGCUGUGAUACUGGCCUGGCAAUCAGAUUUGCGCUGAUACACUACAAGACAUUUUAUUAAACAAGCUUAAGGAUCCCACCAGAGUCCUUCAACAUCUGAAGGAAAAAUCUUAUUUUCUUAAGAACAAUUGCUCUGUCCAUAUUGGAUAAAAUGGAAGCAGUUCGUGUCCUAAAGGGAAACAAUAUUGUGUGAACUAUCUUGUGGCUUUCUGUUGCUGGAGAUGAUUGCGGAAGAGAGAGCUUUCACGUUUGUCACAUACUCCAGACAGAAGUGGAACAAUGUCCUAUGUUUUUGUAAAUGAUUCUUCCCAGACAAAUGUGCCCCUAUUGCAGGCGUGCAUUGAUGGAGAUUUUAACUAUUCCAAACGGCUGCUGGAGAGUGGCUUUGACCCAAAUAUUCGUGACAGUCGUGGCCGAACUGGUCUCCACCUUGCAGCAGCCAGAGGAAAUGUAGACAUCUGUCAGCUGUUGCACAAAUUUGGUGCUGAUCUACUGGCCACCGAUUACCAAGGUAACACAGCCCUUCACCUGUGUGGGCAUGUGGAUACCAUCCAGUUCCUAGUCUCUAAUGGACUCAAAAUUGAUAUUUGCAAUCACCAAGGUGCAACACCACUUGUUCUGGCAAAACGAAGAGGAGUAAAUAAGGAUGUAAUUCGAUUGCUGGAGUCUUUGGAGGAGCAGGAGGUGAAAGGAUUUAACAGAGGAGCUCACUCUAAGAUGGAAACCAUGCAGACUGCGGAAAGUGAAAGUGCAAUGGAAAGCCAUUCCCUCCUUAAUCCGAACCUGCAGCAAGGUGAAGGGGUUCUUUCCAGCUUCCGCACAACAUGGCAAGAGUUUGUGGAGGACCUGGGCUUCUGGAGGGUGCUACUCCUGAUCAUCGUCAUUGCCCUUCUCUCUCUUGGAAUCGCAUACUAUGUUAGUGGGGUGCUUCCUUUUGUGGAAAAUCAGCCUGAAUUGGUGCAUUAAAGCAAAUGAAAAGAGGCACAACGUUCUUUUCCUGAGUUCUAAUCUUUGGUUUUGAGCCUCUUAUAAUUUUUUUUCUCAGUGCAGCUGUAUAUACUGUUUGCCUUUUAUAUGUUCUUCUAACCCUUUUGGAAGAGAGCUGCAUUAAUUUCCACUAACAACACCAAAUUCUAAAGCAUUCCUAGGCUACCUCUGACAUUUCUUGACUUCUAAUCAAAACUUAUAGAUAGCAGUGUUUAGUGAUCAAAUGUGGUGAUUAUAAAAGGCCCUUCAUAAAUAAAUAGCAAAUCCUUGAGCAUGAAAAAAUGUGUCCUGGUACAGGACCAAAUCAUCUUGUUUUCCAUUUAAAAAAAAAAAAAAAAGUGAAACUACUUUUCUUAUGCUUCAGCUUUUGAGGAGUAUUCUUAUAAAAAGCUACCUAGAUUAAAUUGGAGUAAUUUUAAUAUAUUCUGAUAUUUACAUCAUACAACACUGUAAAUGUGCAGUUUUCUUAGUGCACUCAGCAUGUUCACGUGUAUGGUUAUAAAGUAGAUAUACAUUUAAAGAAUGAGAAACAUUUCAAAUUUUAUAACUUUGUUAAACUUCCUUUGACAUCCUUGGAUCAGUCUUGUAUUUAUGUAUUAGCUUAAUAUAACAUAGUUUUUUUUCCCAGUCAGUGGGGUGAUAUUAAUAUUUGUGUGAGAAUAAAUCCUUUGAAGUGAAAUUAUCUGAAGUGCUUUUGGACCCAAACAUCUUUAAAAUGCAACUUUUUCAUUUGAAAUACCUUUAAGGAAACAUUUUCUUUGUAACGUAGAUGAAAAGCGAUUCAAACAUUUUGUUCUGUGUUGCUGUGAAACGUGUCAUGCAGGAUAACUGAGUGUUUUCACAGACAGUACAGUAAACAGUACGUUCAUUUCAUUUGCAGUUUUGUGCGAGGGUUUAAUUGGGAUAUAUUUUUUGUUAUGUUGCUAUCAGUUUCAGCUGUUUUCAAAUGACACUCAAAAUGUGAUAGGGUACUUUCUGAGUUAACAUAAUGCAACAUUACAGUGAGUGUCUUCAUAUUAGGGAAUAUUAUUUAAAUUGAAAUCUGGCCCAAUGUGAGGUUCAUUGUUGUUGUUAAUCUGAAAUUAUAAUACCUGUGAUUUAAUACUCUUUUAUGGAGACUGGGUAAAUAUGCAGUAAGGUUGGGAUUGUCAAAGGUGCCCAACUCCCACUCAGUUUCCAUGGCAGUUAGGUGCCUAACUCCCUUAGGUUGCUUUGACAAUCCCAAUCCAAGUGAAUUCAGCAAACUUUAAUAAUAAACAGCAAAAGGAUUUGUUUUACUAAAAUGAUCCUAAAUCAUGCAAAAUAAACUGAACACAUGCAAAGUUAGAAAUUACGGUAAAUGAUAGUGGAUAUACAUAUACCUUAUUAUUGUGUUAAUACGUAUUUGUUGUCUCUAGUUUGUGAUCAUUGACUGAGGAGGCAUCUUGUCUUUGUGAUGUUGGGUAGGCUUCACUGAAGCGUUCAUUUUAAAUUGUUUCUGAAGAAUUCUGAGUCUUAUUUUUCAUUUAGAAGCUAUUCUUCCAGAUACUACAAAUGCAGCAAAGAGGGAAGUCUCCAAAAACCAAAAAAUGAGCUUCUCUUCUAAACAGUUUAAUUUGUUGUUUAUCUGUUUAUGAAUAGAGAAACAUAAGCUAUUACAUAUAAACUACAUUCACUUGUAUAGGUAAGUCCAUUUCUGUUAAGAACACCGUGUCUUAUAUUCAAUAAUGAAAUUUUGCAUUAUGUGCACACUGUAUAAUUUGUAAAUGUAUUUUGAGUGUGAAUGAAUGCCAUAAAUAAAGAUGUAUAAGUAGA